CGGCGGCGUUGCCGUCUCGCGUUGCGCGCUCAUAUUGCUCUCCAGCUCCCCUCGCGUCGCGCCUGUGCCCUCUACCGCGUCCCGCGUCCCGUUUCGUCUCGCGCUGGAGCUGUUGCUGCGAGUUCGCGCCGAAGGAUUUUGCUCAGCGUGCGUGACAGUGCAUGGAAUUCUCUUCCCCGAACUGUCUGUCGACUCGUGCUCUUUACGACAGUAGUUGAGAUUUCGAGCUCGGACCCGACCGCGACUGGUUUUUUGCCUGCUCGUCGUCGCUUCGCUCUUUGCAUUGUAGGACGUGUGGCUGGUCUCUCCGCGACUGGUUGCGCCAGUUUGGUUUUGGGUAGAGGUUGGGUCGUUGUCUCAUGAUCACUGUUUGCGGUGGUUGAAUAGUGUCGGAAGAGAUGUAGUGCGGUGGAGUCGCGAGUUCUGGUUGUCAAUCUGGUUGGGUUCGUUCCAGCUCUGGUCGGUUAUUGCAGCGUCAGCUGCGGUCGGACAUCUCUAUCAUCACUCGGUUGCUAGAUACUCAGUUGAGCAGUCUGAGCUUGGCGGGCCUCGGCCUAGUGCAUUUGAAUUGGUCUGUUGCUGAAGUGUUUAUCGACGAUCAUGAGGAAAAGAAAUAGGUCGAAUGAAGUAGUGGUCAAUUUUUCGAAUUCGUGGUUGUUAUGAAGUGAAAGUGGUGCUGGGAGACGAUAGCUGGAUUUAAUGUUUGUUGCUGAUUUUGGUCAAUUCGGAGCAAUGGAGCUCUUGUUUGUAAGCUUGUUAGGAAGCGUUGAUGGGACCGGGGUCACGAUCAUGUGGUGAAGUGAAUAUCGACAUCGCUGAAUCGAUAAAGCGACUCAAAAUCUGUUUGAAUAGUUGGAAACGCUGAGAAGGCAAGGAAAUAUAUUCCUGCGUAUUCACUGAAGGUGCAGGUUGUAAUCACGUCAGGGCACAGAGGAUUCUGAAGACUCUCGGAUCGGUCGUGUUACUGUCUUCAAGACAGCAGGUACUAGGAAUUCAAAGAAAUUGAGCAUUUUUUUGCAAAUAGAUACCAAGCAAUGGCGAGACCGAAGAGCACUGCUCACACCAACAUGGCUACAGCUAUGGCUAUAGCAGGGAGAGCUUCUAGAGCCUGCGAUGGCUGCGGCUCUCAGGGAGCACGAUGGUACUGUGAGGCUGACAAUGCGUAUCUUUGUAGUAGAUGCGACCGGAGCGUGCACUCGGCUAAUGCUCUCGCCUCGCGCCACGAGCGUGUCCGUCUCAAUCCCCACGGCACCGUUUCUCAAGUGCCGAAGAAAGCCCUCGUUGACACUUCAGGAGCCGACGGCAACGACGCUCACAAGCCUCACCAUCCUCGGUCGACGCACACCCACUUUCUGCCGUCACGCAAGCGCUCUCGUCUUUGCCAACGUCCCAAUCCUCACCUUCAACACGCGGCCGACAUUUCCAACCCAGAACAUCGCCGCGGUAAAAUGAAAACCGAAAGCAGGAAUCCGGGAGAAUCCCACGAGGUGCCAAACUUCAUCACCAUCAAUAUUCAGGAGUCUCCUCUCUCCUUUGCCCAUGACAGUGCCACGGGGAUAUCCAUGGCAGAGUUUUGCAAGGGAAGGGCAACCGCAACUGCGGCCAUGUACGUGGGCGUGGAGGACGCGUACGAGGAGCUCAGCAGUGGAGACUCCGGACCAGAUUUUCUGGUGCCGAAUGGCUACACGGAAGACUUUGAUAGUGCCAUUGGAGCACCCACCGAGUACCACCAGAAUGCAGGGAGUCCCUUAGACUCUGGCAAUGGAGACGAGGACUCGGACAACAGCCAUGAGAUGGCGUGUGUGGGAGAUGGCUUGCAGCUUUGUGGGAGCGACGAGCGUUACGAAGGUUAUCCCCUGGAAUUCUCAGACAUCGUGGGAUUAGGAAAUGGGGACGCUUUUGAGGAAGAUUGUGAGAAUACGUCUGGGUUUGUUGACGAAUGCUGCGAGGUAAACGGAGGUGGACUUGGCAAUGGCAUGGAAUGCAGCCUUCAAGCUAAAAUGAGCCUUGAACAGCAGAAGGGAUUCUCCUUUUCUAAAGAUUUCUACUACGAAGUGAACCAAGAGUGUAUAGUGCCGGAUAGCUACGAUCUCAUCAGAAAAGAAGUAGCAGACGUGUUGCGGUGCUCCCUCGAGGGUGAGCCGAUGAAACACACGCCUUCGCUGUUGCAGUUGAACUACGAAGAUGUCUUAUCGGCAUGGUCCGACCGCUGCCUCUGGACUGACGGAAAAUGUCCGCAGAAAUUGCCAGAUGAUUCCUAUUCGGAAAUUGCGGGUGACGUUGGUCUGGUCCCAGAUCUUUCUAAUGGAUGCCAAGCAGUUCCAGGAGGAGGAGGUGAUGGAGGAAGAGAAGCUCGUGUCAUGCGUUACAAGGAAAAACGGCGGACUCGGCUUUUCUCCAAAAAGAUCCGCUACGAAGUUCGCAAGUUGAAUGCGGAGUGUCGGCCUCGCAUGAAAGGCCGAUUCGUGAAGAGGACACCUGGGUGCUCGUGAUCAGAACCAAAGCUCAUACAUCGCAGCAUGGUUCAAUUACCGUGACGACCUACAGCGUUUGGCUUGGUGGACGGAAGAGCUCAAGCGGAACUUGCGAUGGGAGCGCCGAUGAGAGCUGGUUUUUGAGAGGGGACCAUGCCAAUCCUCACCUUGUUGAUAUUUUCUAAGAUUUUUAUCCAUUCACCAGUAUUUGAUGAUUUACUAGAAGCAAUGGACCAACCUGUUUUAGAGAAAGAGGGACUUGGUCGAUGCAUUGUUGAUCAUGUAUCUUGUUGUAACAUAGUGAAGGUAGAGAGAGCGAGAGUAAUAUCGCUAAUGCAGUGAUCCAUCAGGUAAUUUAGCCGUGUACAAAAGAGCGAGAGGAGUUUUUUUUACGAGUAAUGCGCAGUGAUUUUUUUUCAUGAGGCAGUGGAAAUAAUGUGUUGUUAGCUCACUAAUAAGUAGUUUGAACGGUGCUUUACCAUUCUGAGAUCUGAUAUGUGUUUUUGAUUGAAGAGUAUCCGUAAUUUCAUUACCGCGGAGGUUACAGUUUUCACCCA